AUGCGUAUCCGAGCAAAACUCCUCAGCAAAGGAUCCAGCCCUGUGCAAAAUCAGAAUAGCUUCAGUUUCACUCAUCCUCAACUGAAACGGAGCGACAGUGAAACGUCGGGUAAUAGUAAUACAACCGGUGGUGGAAAUUUGGCCAUGGAUGCUUUGUUGUCGAAUGCUGCUGCUACAGCAUUUCCUCCUCAUCUUAUAAUGCCCUCACCAAGCUUGCCAAAUCUUGCCGCUCCAACUCUUGCCCAGCCUCCUCAACUACCUAUAGAUAUGGCUUCGCUUAUGGCAGCAGCUCAGUUGACGCCAUUCCUCAGUCUGCCAAGCCUACUGAAGACACAGCUAGGUCUUGGUGGUGGUCUGUUAGAGGAUGACAUAUCGGAUCGAAGCAGGCUUGCCCCAGGUGUAGCUGCACUUGGUGCACUUUCGCAACAGGUGCCCGUUGGUGGAUACCCCUCACUGCUCAAACAACAGCUCAGGGAACUUGUACUUCGGAGGAAAAGUCUCGUGCGCGAAGAGCCUGAAGAUGAUGAUUCGCUAAGUACGCAACCAGUACUUGGACAAAUGCCAUCGUCACUUGGACUAGGUGAGCUUUCGGGUGGUAAAGCCACAGGCCUCGCCUAUGACUCCAGCAUGGCUCGGCAUGAAUGCGUUUGUGGUGAAAGCAGCUCACAUGUGGAACAUGGUGGACGAGUGCAGAGCAUCUGGGCACGACUGCUGGAACGAGGACUUGUGCAAAGAUGCGAGCGAAUUGCGGCAAAGAAGGCUUCACUCGAACAACUUCGAAUGGUUCACUCGCCAACGUAUGUGACGUUUUUCGCGGUAUCACCGACAGCUUGCCUGAAAAUGGAAGCCUCUCAGCUACCCCUCAAGAGCUUUGUUCAGUUACCAUGUGGUGGAAUCGGAAUCGAUUCAGACACCUAUUUCAAUGAUGCUACCACACAAACGGCUGCACGGGUUGCAGCUGGUUCACUCAUUGAGCUAGCAUCUCAGGUAGUUGAGAACCGACUGCGGAAUGGCUUUGCUUGUAUUCGGCCGCCAGGUCACCACUCUGAACGGGAUCAGGCGAUGGGAUUCUGUUUCUUCAAUAAUGUGGCCAUCACUGCUCGAUAUUUGCAACAGAAGUAUCCCCAGCAGUGCGCUCGAAUCGCCAUCAUUGACUGGGAUGUACACCAUGGGAAUGGCACCCAGUUAUGUUUCGAAGAAGACCCGAGCGUUCUAUAUCUGUCUCUUCAUCGUCACGAUAAUGGUAAUUUCUUCCCUGGCACGGGGGCUGUGACGGAAGUGGGUCGAGGUGCUGGCAAGGGGUUCUCGGUGAAUGUGCCGUUCUCUGGAGGUGUCAUGAGAGAUGCUGACUAUCUUGCGGCUUGGCGAGUAGUCGUGCACCCUGUUCUGGAGCAGUUCCAGCCGAAUUUCAUUCUGGUCUCAGCCGGUUUCGAUGCGUGUUGUGGUCAUCCGAACGCUCUUGGCGGGUAUAAAAUUUCUGCAGAAAUGUUCGGGUUCAUGACUCGUCAGUUAAUGUCGUUCGCAGGCGGACGAGUUGUCCUGGCUCUCGAAGGAGGUUACGAUCUCGCGAGCAUUUCGGACGCUGCAGAGCAAUGCGUUAAGGUACUCUGUGGAGAUGAUGAUAAAGCGGGUGUUUUGAAUAGCGAAGCGUUAGAAGGGAUACCAUGUCUCAGUGCUCAAGAAACCAUACAAAAGGUUAUUGCCAUACACAAAGGAUACUGGCCGAAUCUUACAGCCGAACAGGGUUUAUCGAUUAGCGAACUACACUGGCAAACCGUUGGCAGGCAGUUUCAGAAUUUAACAAUGGGAACUGUCUAG